AAGAGAAUGUGGGGAAAAAGCAAACAAUACAGAGGAGUAAGAUGAGUAAGAGGAGCGAGAUCAGAAAGACUUCAGACUGCACGAAACAAAAUGUAAGGAAAACUCACAUCACAGAUUUGCACUGUAGCUGCUCAGGUCUUGUUUUUGAAGCAGGUUUUCUCUCUGCUUCAGUCUUCUCUUGGUACAGUGUGAAUCCUUAACUCGUGUUACUUUCGAGUUGAUUUUUUUAAGUCGAACACUGUUGUUUUUUUACGUAAUUUCUGACGUAUUUCGCUUUGUCACCGAGAGAAAAUGCAAAUUCCUUCUGACUGCAGAGUUUCCAGCUGUAAUCCUCUAAAACAUGUGACCCCGAUUUAGUUUUUGAAGGUGGGUGUGUCUGUGAUGAAGAGUGCAUAAAAGUCUGCACAGCGAGGCGAGGUGAAUACUGGAACGAGGGGAAGUAAGGAGAGGAAUAGUAAAUGUUUGAGCUUCAGGAUCAGGCAGAGAGAGGACAUGGCCAGGUGGGACUCAUGUGAGAGCAGCUCAGCAUUUGAGCAUGCACAGUGGAUGAAAAUUCAGGUCAGUGACCAGCAAGAGGAAUUCAACAAGCCUCCCACCAAGGCCGGACCUCGGCCUCUGUCUCACUCUGUCUCCCAGUCGUCUGCAGACAGCUUCAGUUCAGUGGGCAGCGUAAGCUCUGAGGAUGAAUGCCCUCCCCAAGAGAAGCUGCAGAAGACCUCCCAGGGCCUGACGGACUUCUGCAUCAAAAACAUCAAGCAGGCUCCUUUUGGGCGCAAAGAAAUAGACAUCGCUCAGCAAGGAAUGCCGGCUCUGAUGAUCCUGAGGAAAAGAGCGGGUGGAGAGAAACCUCUGGCUGGAGCCAAAGUCGUGGGAUGCACACACAUCACUGCACAGACAGCGGUGUUAAUUGAGACUCUGGCAGCGUUGGGGGCUCAGUGUCGAUGGGCCGCUUGCAACAUCUUCUCCACUCAGAAUGCGGUGGCUGCUGCUCUGGCUGAAGGAGGAAUCUCGGUGUUUGCCUGGAAAGGAGAGUCGGAGGAUGACUUCUGGUGGUGUAUAGACCGAUGCGUGGCCGCUGACUCCUGGGAGCCUAACUUGAUUCUGGACGAUGGCGGUGAUUUGACCCAGUGGAUCUACAAGAAGCAUCCGAGCCUGUUCAAAAAGCUCAAAGGCAUCGUGGAGGAGAGCGUGACGGGCAUCUAUCGGUUGUACCUGCUGUCCAAAGCCGGCAAACUGUGCGUCCCUGCCAUGAACGUGAACGACUCCGUGACCAAGCAGAAGUUUGACAACCUCUACUGCUGCAAGGAGUCCAUACUGGACGGGUUGAAGCGAACGAUUGAUGUCAUGUUUGGAGGAAAGCAGGUGGUGGUGUGUGGAUACGGCGAGGUCGGCAAAGGCUGCUGCGCCGCUCUGAAAGGCCUGGGCGCCGUCAUUUACGUGACAGAAGUGGAUCCUAUCUGUGCCCUUCAGGCCUGCAUGGAUGGCCUCAGAGUGAUUACACUGAGUGAAGGGAUCAGACAUGCAGACAUGGUGAUCACCUGCACAGGCAACAAGAACGUGGUAACUCGGGAACACUUUGACAGAAUGAGGAGUGGCUGCAUCGUCUGCAACAUGGGACACUCUAACACUGAGAUAGAUUUGGCAAGUCUGCGAACCAGAGAGCUGAAGUGGCAUCGAGUCAGGCCUCAAGUGGACCACAUCAUCUGGCCCGACGGCAAGCGGGUCGUCCUCCUGGCUGAGGGUCGACUGCUGAACCUGAGCUGCUCCACGGUGCCAUCAUUUGUCCUCUCCGUCACAGCUUCUACUCAGGCUUUGGCUCUAAUAGAGCUGUACAACGCACCUGCAGGACGGUACAAACAGGACGUUUACCUGCUGCCAAAGAAGAUGGAUGAAUAUGUAGCCAGUCUGCAUCUGCCGAUGUUUGACGCUCAUGUAACAGAGCUGACCGAGGGGCAGGCCCAGUACCUUGGCAUCAGCAAACACGGACCCUUCAAACCCAAUUAUUACAGAUAUUAAUCACAGAGAAGAUUUGGCUUGAAAAUCCACUCAGCACCUCCUACCAUGAGRCACUGGCGCCCCCUGCAGUCACAUGCGCURUACUGCURUUGUGGCAGCACAUUUAUAUUUUAUCUUAUUUUUUAGUUUUUGUUGGGGGUUUUUUUUAGUCACAUUUCUGUGUCCAGAAUACAUUAUCCACUAAAUUUUGAAUUAAUUAUUAAAAUAAAUAGACAUUUGUUCAAACUUUUUCAAAAAGACUGGACUGUUUUAAUCAACUUUUAGCCACUAGGAGGGGACAAAGUGUUGUUUUUGGUGAAAUCAAAGAUGCACUUAAAAUGUUUCAUUGUGUUUGUCUGUCAMAAUCUGCUUUUGUUGCUCACUUUCUGAAAAUGUCAACUAUAUAAACACAUAUUCAAACUCUGGAGACAUGAGUUGAAUUUCAAGACAAAAAAUCUCCAUAAUAUAAUUUUCUAACAACCAAAUAAACCAGUAUAAUCACCUGUAAAGCGAUGGGAACCUACCUGUGUGGAGAGAGCGGGUCAGUUUGGCUGAUCUGCGGAGAUGCCGCUUGAAUACUGAGCUAUGAUUUAUAUUUUCAUCAGUUAAUUGAUGAAGCACAUAUGAAAACAACUGCCACAGACUCAAGUGUUGAACAAAAAAUAAUGAUAAAACCAGCAAAGAUGAGAAAAAUAAGAAUUAAUAAAGUGGAGGAAUGAAUAAAAAACUCCUGGCUCACUGAGCAGAGAUGUARAAACAUGUAACYUAAAUAUGAGUGUCUGAUUUACAUUUGUUUUGCAUCCUAAAUGACUGUAAAAAUCCUUGUUAUCCUACAAUAUUUAUUAUAUUCAUAUUAAAAUCCAUCCUGUGUUUUGUUUCAAAGUCAAACAAAAAGUUCAGACGAUGCGUUUUGGUUUCUGGGUUAUGUAUUUAUUUUCUCUACACCUUCAAAAUAAAAUACAGUCAACCAGACUUUUUACAUUAAUAUUUUGGUCCAAUUCCCAACAAAACAAUCUCUAAUUUAGUGAGAAAAAUCACUGAAAGACCGUCUUGUUAAACCCCUCUUCUUGAAUUCAACAAAUACUAAACAAYAGAAGUGGUUUAACGUUUUCUUGAAACUCUUUGGCAGAAACAUGCACACCUAAAUUAAAAUUUGUGAWACCAUGGCAUUAAUCAAACAUUUUUAAGUUCAUAUUURUCAAUUUAAAACCUGAAAUUACUAAAAAUGCGCAUGAUGCAACAAUACCAUUAGAUCUGCUCAAUUURAAUAAAUGACAGUGCAUAAAAUAUUAACACUUUUCAAAUACUGUUUUCCUGCUAAAUACUGGAUUUCAUUCACUUCUUGCUGUUCAAUAAUGUCUGACUUUCUAUUUUACAAACUCAUCCUGCCCUUUAAGUGACUCAAAUUUGAUUUCUCUUGCUUACACCUCCCUUCAAGUGCUCUGUUUUAUUUAAAUUGUAGUUUUAGUAAAAGUUUUUAUUUUGUUUUUAGCAGAUAUUAAAGUGUGUGGGUGUAAGAUGCUAAUCAGAUCGGCUUUAUGUUUACAUUUAUUCCCACUUUAAGGUUAUUAAAAAACAAAAAAAGACCAGCAUUUCUACAACACCUGCUUCUGAUUAAAGAAACCACAACCUGACAUAAUUAUUUAUAUACAUUUUUGAUAUAUUUUUAACCCAAAAUUAAAUUAUUUGUGCUCCAGUUGAGCCUAAUAUAUCUAUAUUUUUUACCUGUAACCUGUGUAAACUGAAUCAGUAAUUUCAAUAAAAGGUUACUAAUGAAUUUCCAGAUUUAGAUGUGUUUGGAAAUGCAUAACAACAGAUAGAAGUUGGAUUUGUAACCCAGUGACUCAGAUUGGGUUUCCCGUGAACUCCCAGAUAUCUGAUCUGCCUUUGCGUCCAGAACCGGCUCUCUGCAUCAGCUUGGACUCAUGCAGGUCGCGACAUAAUUAACUGUAUUCCUGUAAAAUCCAGCUGGUCAUAUGACAGCUAUCUGUUUUCCUUGAUAGUCUGCCUGUGCUCAUGAAGUCCUAAAAAUACCCCCUGGAUUACUGUAAUCCAGGGACGGGAUACGUGCGUUGGUGUGYGUGUAAACACACUGAAGCACCACCUCUAAUUUGGGUGAGUUGGUUAAUUUUUGGCCACAGCAAGGGUACAGAAAUAAAGCAUCUGCAAAAAAAGCCCMUUUUGUCUUAUAUUUUUUCUCUCCUUUUUUGCUUUUUGAUAAUCCUAAAAAAAAAAUUAAAAAAAGUUAAUCUCCAGAAUCUCAUCUUUCUGACUGAUGCUCACAAAUUGACAGCUCCGCCUUCAAACGCUUCUCCUUUAUCACCUUCUUGUGCUGAUUUAAAACCUAUGAAACAUCUGAUACUUACCGUCGAGCUGAAAUUAGCGUAAUUGCCCUGUAAUGUGACAGAUACAAUGACAUACAAGCCAGGAGAACAGCAGAGACAACAGCAAUUAGUGUGUGAGAUUAAUGAGGAGCUCCAUUAACCUCCACACCCAGACUAAUCUAAUGAAACUCCAGUGUUACCCGCAUCUCGGAGAGAAAAAGCGUGAUGRUGUCGGCUACUGGUAAUCCACAGGCUGGUGAUGAGUCUGAGGAAGACAGAUGGUCUGCGCWGUGCAGCCUGAAACGCGGCUGCACCAGUAAGCCCGGUUUGUGGGCAUUUUCAGCAACCAGGAAGUAUCGGGAUUUGGUCGAUGUCGCGUGUGUCCUUGCCUCCUCCUGUUUAGGGGGAUUCUCCCUAAAGAGCUUUGAUGCCUCUCCUGCAUCACGRCAGGGUCUAAUCACCCGUACCAGCUGUCGGCGAACAGGCCUCGCCUCCUCCUUCACUCUGCUUGCCACCACUUAACCCCACAUCCUCUGCAGGCGGACGUAAUGGACUCUGAGUGUCUGCCGUGAAACAUGAUGAAGAGACAUAAGCUUCAGGAAACCUGCAUGGGGCAAUAAGCUUUUGUUUCCUUUAGUUUGGUGUCUGAAUGUUUUUAUUUGAAAGAUGUUCUGAUCAAAGGAGCUGGAUGGUCCUUUAAGCAACAAAAAUCAUUUUAGGGGCGUCUCCUGUAACGAAGAUGGCAGUGAAAACAUGCAGCACCAGACAAAAUGAAGUGAGAAAUUGUUAAAAACAGAGAAAUACCAUCAUAGAAAUAUGGAAUAAACAUAGGAUUCUGAUUAGAGACAAAUAUUUACAUUGUUUCCCUCUGUGUAUUUACUGUUACUUCAUGUUAGAYAAGCAAAAUUAUUCCUCUUCUUAGUAGUACUUUCUAUUCCUUUCAUCUGUUAUUACUUUUCCUUACAUAUAUUUCUUUGUAUUUAGUCUAAUCACUAAAUUAGACUAAAUAAUUUAGUCUAAAUUAGACUAAUAAUUUUGUCUAAUUUAGUGACUAAAUUAGACUAAAUUAUUAGUCUAAUGUUUAAGGUCCAACAUUACAGGUUUCCCAAGUGGUGUUUUCUUUAUAUAUUUCAUUUUCGUUAUUAUCUGUGUGUCUGGUUUCAUGUUAUGAUUGCUGUCAAGACUCUUGGAGUUGGCCUGCAAUAAUAAUUYGAGUGAUCUUUGUCUCUUGUUCCAACAUCCGUUUCUCUGUUGCUUUGUUUUAUUUCUCUAAUCAGAAAUAAAAUUCUCACUUUUAUCUCAGCCGUUUGAAAUCUACAGUGAAGUUACAGUGAAACAAAURAGUAGAAGACACUGAAUACGUGUUUUUAACAUUUUUACUGCAUAUGUCAUUUGCUCUCAGCGUUGAGCAAAGGCAACAUCCAAACAUCCAAACUUACAGUUUUUCUCAGACACUUCGGUGCAUUUUGAUGUAAAAGUUACAAAUUAAUGAUUUAGUUAAAGUGUUUUCAAUGUUUCUUGUGAUUCUCGAGAGCUUAAAUCUUUGCUGCGUUGCUUUCUUUAAACACGGAACAAAACUUUGUGUGCUACAAUAAACUGUUAGCUUCACCUGAAACACUAGAGGAAGGUGUGAGAACUUCAGCCUGAAGAUUGAUAACUUUGAAAUAAUUUAUCUUCUGCUCAGACCAUUUUUGGCUAGAAAACAGAUCAAGUUUCGCCGUUGGCCGAGCUCCUCUU